AUGUUCAGUUUCCCCUACAACCAUCGUGAGGAGAUGAGCGGCGAGUUCCCCCACAUCAGCCAUCCUGAGUUCGUUGAGAGCCUGCGCGGCGGUCGCGGUGGCCAUUUCCACGGCCGUGGUCGUCGUAACCACGGUGGCCCGCCUGGUUUCGGGCGCGAGCACCAUGCUGAGUUCUUUGCCGGCCGUGGCCGCGGUGGUCGCGGACGUGGCGGCUUCCGUCAUGGCGGGCGUGGACGCCACAGCGCCAGUGAGUCUGACGGUGAUGAGUACGCCGAGCUCGUCAAGAGGUUCCGUGAGAUGGGACAUGGUCACCGCGAGCACAGCCGCCGCCGCUUCGGCCGUCGUGAGCGCGAAGUUCGUGAGGGCGAUAAGACGCCAAAGGGCUACGCCGUCGAGAGCGACUCUGAGGACUUCGUCGACGUCGACGGUGAACGUAAGGAUAACGACAACGACAACGACAACGGCGCCGCUUCCCAGGCUCCUGGUGAGCGCGGCUGGGGACGUCGCGGUCAUCACCACUGGCAUGGCCGCUACGCUCAUGGCUUUGCUGGCCCUGGCGAGUUGGACUUCGCCCCGCGUCGCGGUGGGCACGGCCCGCACGCCUUCAUGAUGGGCCCGCCCCCGCACGGCCCCCACUUCUCCCAUCACCAUCACCCAGGCCGCCACGGUCACUUCAAGAAGCCCUUCCCGCGCGUGGACAUCUUCGAGUCAGAGAAGCAGUACGUGCUUGAGAUCGAGGUUCCCGGUGUGCGCAAGGACGUCAUCACCGCGCUGGUCAGUGAGGACGGGCGUAGCAUCACCGUCGAGGGCACCUUCCCCGCCCGUGCUGAGGGUACGCUUGAGCGCGUGUAUGGCGAGCGUCGCGUCGCGCCUGGCGAGAAGUUCGCGCGCACGAUCCCGCUUCCGGGCCUCGUCGACAAGGAGAACGUGAGCGCGAAGCUCACAGACGGCGUGCUCAUCGUGGCGCUCGACAAGGUCCAGGUUGAGGAGCCCAAGGGCACGGUCAUGGUCAUUGAGUAG